AGGCGACCGCCAGCCGGAGUGGAGCAUCUCUCGGUGCCAGGGACGGUGGCUCGGCUCGAGAGCUGUUGUGCUGCCAUCCCAGCGCCUCACGCCGCCCCCCCCCCCCCAGCCGGGUCCAUCCGAUCCGCUCUCGCUUUGCAAGGAAAAGGGGGGAGAGCAGGCUGGGGGGGGGGGAGGCAGCGGGGCUGGAAGGAAGCAUCCAGUCCGCCUGCACCAUGGACAAGUGAUCUGAGACGACUCAGCCCCCCCACGUCCCUCCCCUGCCUCGGCGGGGGUGCCUACAUCUGAAGGGGGGGGGUUGCAGCCCGCCUCCCCACCGUCCUGUCACCUCGCAUCCGUCUCCCAAGACCUUCUGACUGCCAGUUGCCUCUUUCCUCACGAUGUCACACCUAUCUCAGUUGAAGGCUUCGGCCCUGCUGCUGGUUUUAUGCCUUCCCUUGCCACAGGCGACAGCGGAUGACUACCCGAACUUGCCUGGGACUGGCGUACUGUCUCCAGAUGGGGGUAACCACAGUAAACCAUGCGAGGAGACAAGCGAGUGCCAGGAAGGUGUAAUCCUGCCAGUGUGGUACCCUCAGAACCCCUCAGUGGGUGACAAGGUGGCACGGGCCAUUGUUUACUUUGUGGCCCUGAUCUACAUGUUUCUGGGCAUGUCUAUCAUCGCCGACCGCUUCAUGGCCUCCAUCGAAGUCAUCACCUCGCAAGAAAAAGAGAUCACCAUCAAGAAGCCCAAUGGGGAGACCACCACCACCACCAUCCGCAUCUGGAACGAGACAGUCUCCAACCUGACCUUAAUGGCCCUCGGUUCCUCAGCCCCUGAGAUCCUCCUCUCCAUCAUUGAGAUUGUGGGCCAUAACUUCCAUGCUGGAGACAUGGGGCCCAGCACUAUUGUCGGCAGCGCUGCCUUCAACAUGUUCAUUAUCAUUGCUGUCUGCGUCCACGUGGUCCCUGAAGGAGAAGUGCGGCGUAUCAAACAUUUGCGGGUCUUUUUUGUCACUGCGGCGUGGAGCGUCUUCGCCUACAUCUGGCUGUAUCUCAUCCUGGCCUGGUUCUCCCCUGGUGAAGUGGAGCUGUGGGAAGGGUUCCUGACUUUCCUCUUCUUCCCUCUGUGCGUGCUCCAGGCAUGGUUGGCUGACCGGCGACUCCUAUUCUAUAAGUACGUCAAGAAGAAGUACCGCACUGACAAGGCCCGGGGACUCAUCAUUGAGACAGAGGGUGACAGCAGCUAUCCCAAACUGGACAUGGAGAUGGAUAACUCACUCAAAGAAGGCUCCGAGGACCUCAUAGAAGGGACCAAGGACCAGGAUGACGAAGCUCGGCGGGAUAUGGCCCGUACUUUGCGGGAUCUCAAGCAGAAACAUCCAGAAAAGGACAUGGAACAGCUUAUUGAAAUGGCCAAUUACCACGUGCUGGUACAACAGCAGAAGAGCCGGGCCUUCUACCGCAUCCAGGCCACACGUAUGAUGAUCGGAGCGGGGAACAUCCUUAAAAAACAUGCGGCGGAUCAGGCCCGGAAGGCAGUCAGCAUGCAAGAAGUGCGUGCAGAAGAGGAUGAGUCGGUGACUAAAGUUGGCUUUGAGCCGUCACAUUACCAGUGCUUUGAGAACUGUGGCUCAGUGGUGCUGACAGUGGCUCGGCGAGGGGGGGACCCGUCCUGCGUCACACUGCGAGUGGACUUCCGCACAGAGGACGGCACAGCCAAUGCUGGCUCAGACUAUGAAUUUGCUGAGGGCACUUUACUUUUCAAGCCAGGUGAGACUCAUAAAGAGGUGCGGGUUGGCAUAAUAGAUGACGACAUUUUCGAAGAGGACGAGUACUUCUACGUUCACCUCAACAAUGUGCGGGCCGGCUGGGCCGAGCCAAGCCCCGAGCCACCCCCCAAAGCCUGCCUUGGGCCCUCCAAGAUGGCCACUGUCACAAUCUUUGAUGAUGACCAUGCUGGCAUCUUCACCUUUGAAGGGGCCUCCAUGCGGGUGAGCGAGAGCGUGGGGGCUAUGCGCAUCAAAGUUCUGAGGACCUCAGGGGCCCGUGGGCGCGUGGCCAUUCCUUUCCACACCAUUGAGGGCACCGCUAAGGCUGGAGAGGACUACGAGGAAGUAGCCGGCAAGGUGGAGUUCCAGAAUGAUGAGACCAUGAAAUACAUUGAAAUUAAAAUUAUUGAUGAUGAGGAGUAUGAGAAGAACAAGAAUUUCCAUUUGGAGUUAAAUCUCCUGAAAUGCUGGACUGCUGUAUUAAUGCAAGUAAUGGUGAUAACCCUCGGUCAGCUUGCCUUCUAUUCCAUGCCAGGUGACUCCAAUGAGAACCGUCUGCCUGAGGGAGAACAGGAAGCAAUUGCCAAAAUGGGUUGCCCUAGCCUGGGAGAGCACACCAAGCUCGAAGUUAUCAUUGAGGAGUCAUACGAAUUUAAGAGCACAGUGGACAAAUUAAUCAAGAAAACCAACCUGGCGCUUGUGGUGGGCAGCAGCAGUUGGCGGGAGCAGUUUGUUAGUGCCGUAACUGUCAGUGCAGGUGACGAUGAAGACGACGACUCAGGCGAAGAGCGCCUCCCCUCCUGCUUUGACUACAUCAUGCACUUCCUGACGGUUUUCUGGAAAGUUCUCUUUGCCUUUGUGCCACCCACUGAAUACUGGUGCGGCUGGGCCUGCUUCUUUGUCUCGAUCUGUCUUAUCGGGGUGCUCACCGCCCUCACGGGGGAUCUGGCCGCCCACUUCGGCUGCACCGUCGGUCUCAAAGACUCCGUCACAGCGGUGGUUUUUGUCGCGCUGGGCACCUCUGUGCCUGAUACCUUCGCUAGCAAAGUGGCCGCCAUCCAAGACCAGUACGCUGAUGCCUCAAUCGGCAACGUGACGGGAAGCAACGCUGUCAACGUCUUCCUGGGGAUCGGGGUGGCCUGGUCCAUCGCCGCCGUCUACUGGGCCUCCAAAGGCAAGCCGUUCAAAGUCCAGCCAGGCACUCUGGCCUUCUCGGUCACCCUCUUUACCAUCUUUGCCUUCAUCAGCAUUGCCGUGCUGCUGUACCGGCGCCGGGCCCCCGUCGGCGGAGAACUGGGAGGGCCCCGAACCCCCAAAACCCUCGCCACGCUUCUCUUCGUUACCCUGUGGUUGGUCUACAUCCUUCUGGCUUCUCUGGAGGCCUACUGCCACAUUGAAGGGUUCUAGGCGACAAGACCGGACUGGGUAGAUUUGUUUGUGGGCUUGGCCCGGGGGGGAGAUCCCUGAGUCGGGAGCCCCUCUUCCCCUACCAAACGGGGGGAACCUCUUUACUGCUGGUACUGUCAGGGAAGGACUUUGCCAGAUACCUAGACAGUAGCCGGUGGCAUAGCACUGAUUAAGGCGGCUCUGAGCCCGGUGUAACACACACAGGCCAGGGUCAAAACACUAGCCAGUUGUUAAAGUCUCUGUCCUGUGACUUACAGAUCUCCCUUCGGGGGAGGGGGAAAACAAUACAUCUCCUGUUGCUUCCAAAACUGAUGUGGGAGGCCCCCAUCCACUUUUGGAGGACACCAGCUUCUGGGGCACAUAUGGGGCACAACGGACUCAGCCAGGGAUGGCCCAGGGUCCAGUCUCUUCUCCCCCGCCGUCCUGGGCAGAUGAAGAGUUUGUGAACACAAGCACCUCUCUCGGCUCUCGCCACCCCUUCAAACGGGCAAUGCUUGGAUUGGAGGGGGGGCUUAUUAAGUCAGAUCCCUCCCCCUCCCCGAGAUCUGGUUGUUCACAUGCCACAGCGGGAGGCCGGAGCUAUUUUCCUUACGGACUUUGCAUGUCUAGGGAUGAAGCCGAAGGUAGUCCAAUCCUUACUGCUCCAGCCCAAGUAAUUCAGAAAAGGGAGGGGGGGGCUAAUGGGAAUAGCAUGUAAGGGGUGGGUGGGAGAGAUGGGUCCCACCCUCCAUGUGUCCUCUUUCAAGCACAGUCAAGUCCCUCGAGAAGGUACACUCGUACAGAAUCCCAAAACAGCACAAAUCUCAAGCAGCAAAAAAGAGGGGGAAAGUUGUGAAUCGGCUGCUCUUUCGCCCUCCACCCCGUCCUGAACGUCCCCCCCCCUUCCCCCACAUCGCCAUUUCCUCCUGUACAGAACCCAGAUUUCUAUUUAGUUGAGCUUUAUUUUACUUACGAGAAAGAAAACACAAAUUUUAUUUUAUUUUUGUUGAAAGGAAAAGGGGGAGGGGAAAAGCUCCUCCGACACCCAUUCACUCGUCUCCCCUUUCCCUGUCCCUUAAUGUUAACUCCCGCUCCGCUCCUGACCGGAGCCCGCUGUGUGCGGCCCGUCCCUUCGACUCCCCCCCCCUCCAAAUGGGGGGAGGGGUAUUGGUGCAUCCCACAUCCUAGUUUGCAUGGUGAACCCUGGACCCCCAACCCACUUGGUCCCCCGUGUCUGUAAGUCACUCUGUGUCCAACGCUUGGCCAUGCCUGUUUGUCUUUUUGCCAGUGCCUGCCAGCCUCCUGCCUGCUCUCUGUCGUCCUCUCCCACGUACACUCUCUGCGUCCAAAUGCCUGUGUUACUUUGGAAAUGUUGUGUGUGUGCGUGCGUGCGUUUUUUAAAAAGUUAUUUAAAAACUU